AACAAUCAACUCCAUUUCCUCUCACAUAAAAAGACAUAAUCUAUCACAUCAGUAAAUAUAGAAUUUCAAUUAAAUUCUUUUGAAAGUAAUCGGGUGCAGCACAAAUAUUAACAGGAGCAAAGUUGCAAACCAGCCAAGACUGUCAUCAACAUCAACAAAGAAUUCAAGAUCAGAGUGAAGAUCAUAACAACAGCUGGGCGAACACGGUGCAAUUCUUACCCUGAGUACCCUGCACAUAAUGAACACUUUCGAUAUAUCUGAAUACUUUUCGGACCAAAUUAAAGAUGAUAAGUCUCCAGCCAUUGCUGCCAUGAUGGCCCUGAUGGAGUCCAUGAGGCAGGAUAAAUCAACAACACUGCAGGAGUUCAUUGAAAAAAUGAACCUUGAGCGAGAGAAGUUGAGCAAGGUGGAUGUUUCUAUUGUGUCAGUGUCAUCAGGAAGUGAACUGUUCAUGCGCUUCAUCACCUUGGCACAUCGGGAGCUGGAGCAAGCUGCGGAUUUUUCAUCAUGCCGAGAAAUUCUACUCAGGAGGGGAGAGAAAUUUGUCAAAAAUAUGCAGGAGAGUCGCAAGAAAAUACUACGUUCAAGCACCAACCUUAUCAAGGAUGGAAUGAUCAUCCUCACUCAUUCACACUCACGCAAUGUUCUGGCAGUGAUGACAGAGGCUGUAAAACAAGGCAGGCAGUUCUCUGUGUUUGUCACAGAAUCUCAACCAGAUAACAGUGGGCGAUGCAUGGCUAAAGCUUUAGAAGCAGUGGGAAUACCUUGCACUGUGAUCCUUGAUGCUGCUGUUGGCUACAUCAUGGAGAGGGUAAAUGCUGUUAUGCUGGGAGCUGAAGGGGUUUGUGAAAAUGGUGGAAUUAUUAACAAGAUUGGCAGCUGUAAUGUGGCAACUCUAGCCCACAUGAAGAAUAAGCCAGUGUAUGUGUUGGUUGAGAGCUACAAGUUUAUCCGCAGAAUUCCUCUUGAUAACUCUAGUCUUCCAAAGUCCUAUUUGCACAAGGCAUCAGUGCUGAACUAUGGCUCAAACCUGGAGUUGGAACACCCUCAAGUGGACUACACUCAUCCAGAUAAUCUGACACUGCUCUAUACAGACCUUGGUGUUCUUCCCACCUCAGCAGUCACUGAACACCUCAUUAAGCUCUAUACCUAGACCAGGCCCAUACAAACAUCUGCUUAUUGUAUUAUAUAUACAAUACUUAUAUUUUUUUCCCAUAUAAUUUCAUACAGUUUUACAGAUUAACAGAUUUCUCUUUUUCUUGUAGAUAUGUUCACAGACUGUUGGUGUAUGUGAUACAUUUACUAUAAUUCUUUGAUUUCUUUUUUUAUCUUUACCUCUCAUGUACAUUUCUCAUUUCAACAUUUUUUUGUGUUAUCUUUAUCUCAUGCUCCUUUUAAACAUGCAUACUGCUCAUUCUGGCAACAUGGUCUGCCAUACUUAAGCAAUAUUGAUCAACUUUUAUUGUUAUUGAUGACCCCUCAUAAUUCAUUCUAUUACUGUUAUGACAAUUGCUAAAAUUAUUAAGCAGGAUGAGUAGAUCUUAAUGGUAAUUCUCAAAAUAUAAAGAAACAUCCUUUAUGUAUUCUUACUCCUUCAGGAUAUGCUUUAUGUAGGUCUCCUGGAGUUUACUCAUUUUCUUAAGUUAUUAUCCUCUCAAAAUAUAUUUUCCAGGGCUGAUGUAGUGAUCAUCAUGAUCUCUGUCUCAUUAGGUGAGUGAUAAUUUGAUAUUUAACAUUUGUUAUGGAAUUUGAUGGUGUGCCACUCAAAGGGACUCUAGAUUCAUACUAGUAUUUGUAUUUUGUAAGUUUAUUAAAAAGAAAUUUAAUGAGCAUUAUCUUUUUCAUAUCUGAUUAGAUCACUCAAAUAUAAAAGAAUUCAAGGAAACAAAGAAUGUAUGCAUGUAGGGAAAUUCAGGAAGUGGAACUGGUUUCAUGAAGCAACAAAAUUCCUGAAGUGAGAUUGAUGUAGGAAGGUGACAGUACUAAACAAACUAAUUUUUUUUACCUGGACUGUUAAUAUUAUUUUCAAAUGUGUAAGAGUGCCAAGAACAGCAGUGUCUUCAGGGACAAUACCUUUUUGAUCUGUACAUUGAAAUGAGCAUGUAGGCAGGUAGUGUAUUGAUAUGUGGUAAGUUUUUACUGUGUUGUAUGAAAUAUUUUCUAAUAAAUUUUAAAACCUUG